UAGUACUUAUUCAAGUUAUUGUAACUUGCCUGGAACUUCGUUUGAAUUUGAGAUAUGCGCUGAUACGCGAUCGAUUCUUCACUGCAUUGAGGAUAGGAUAUUUCGGAUGGAUGUCACAGCCUGAUCACAGCCUUUGCUUUCGAAAUAUCAAUUUAUACGACAGUACCUCCGAGUAUUUCUUGCUUUCGUUCGCUACAGAGCUGGUCUCUAACACUCACAUUUCUGGGCUUUUGAUGCUGUCUUUAUCUCUUAAACUUCUCGUGAUUUCUGUGAUCAGUCUUACGAUUUUGGUCGUGGUCAAUGCUUCCCCCACCCUGAAACCGACUCAUCUGACCGCUGGCCACAAUGGUGAAAGCCGACUGAUAGGAUAUCUUUUUUUUCUGCAUGAAAAUGAAAUGGAUCGUUAUAAACAAGAUGGGAAAAUCCCCGACCUGUACCUGGAAGACCAAAAAAACCCUUUCUUUCUACGCCCGAUCUAUUCUCAUCCCGCCUCGAAAACAUACCAUGUGUGUAAAGUUUUGGAUACAAACCACUUGCUCGAAGGCGUCAAAGAGAAAUCACUUGUCCACUAUACCAGUAACACACUGGGGGCGCCAAAUACGUUCCAGGACUACCAGCAUUGUGUUGUGGUCACCCCAGUUCAUCCCCUCUUGAAACAAGAACUUCAAAUGGAUGUUCCAAAGGCCAUGUUGAAAGUCCGUCCUCCCACUGUGGAUUGUUCGGACAAUGGCGACAGACCGGUUGCGAACUGGCUUGAUCUAAAUCUCCAUCUACCGGACCAAUACAUAAAAGAGGUUAAGAUGCACGGGUAAUUCAUACUGCUCCAAGAAUUUCAAUCGCAGUCUUAGCUAAACAUAUCCACCGCCACUGCUUUGUACUCGAAAUCGAACCUUAUAUGAAUGGCAAUCUGCUUACUAGUACUCAACCUCUCGAAGUUCAUUAUCCUCCACGAAAUAGCUGGACCAACUGGGAGCAGCAGUGACAGGUUACCAUGAAGGACAAUCUUUUC